AUGACCAGUCCUGUCCGUGUUUACUGUGAUAUGACUACUAUGGAAGGAGGGUGGACGGCCAUCCAGAAACGCGUAGACGGAUCCGUUAGAUUUAACAGGACCUGGACGGAAUACAAAAAUGGUUUUGGUUACCCGGAACAGAAUGUUUGGGGUGGAAAUGACAUAAUCCAUCAAUUAACAAAAGAGCGGAACUCAUCCCUUUAUGUGUCCAUCACUCUUCAUAAUGGUACAACACUGUAUGAAAUGUACGACACAUUCUCUAUCUCUGACGAAAGAGCGAAAUAUAAACUAUUUCUUGCAGGACCUGCCACGGGAACCUUAGGAGAAAGAAUGAUAAAUCCUGGGAGUUCUAAAAGAAAACUGUCUGGUAUGUACUUUACAACACGAGACAGGGAUAACGACAAAUAUGAUAUAAACUGCGCCACUCUCAGUGAGACUAGAGGGGGCUGGUGGUUUAAUGCCUGUACCUACACCUUCCUUAAUGCUCCAUGGUACCCGGCAAAGUGGAAGAGACCGUGGUAUCCUGCAGUAACGAUUGAUUCCAGAAUAGUGAGGACUAUGAUGUUGGUGAAACGUCAGUAG